UUGCUCACUGUUAACCGCUAACAGUGAAGCAAAAUGUUAAUUUCUGCCACUUUCCACACUUGUUUUUAUUAUUAAUUACAACAAAGUAACAAGCAAAGUAAAAAAUGGGUAAUGAAGGCAGUAAAUUAAAAGCCCUAGUAAUUGAUAAAAAUGCCGUGGAAGUGAAUGACUUUUGGGCGCUCUACAAUGCCGAGUCACCAACGCUGUGCAAUAAUGAAGAAGGAGGCGGCGGCCAAUUGCUCUCAAUAUUCAAGGGUGAAAUACUGGUGAAGGGGCAACUAUGGGUGGUCCAGGGCCCCAUGGAGCGGGCGAUAAAGAACCUUAUGAUCUAUCGCCAUCCGUACAUACUUAAAUAUAUGUCCACUUGGGAGCAGUCAGGACAAAAGCAUUUGGCCACAGAACGUGUGCGUCCGCUAAGCGAUGUGCUUUCCCAACAGAGUGACAUUCAAAUAUGCCUCGGCCUGCGCACCAUACUUUGCAGUUUGAUCUUUCUCAUCGAGAAGGCGCUUGCCAGGCAUUUGAACAUUUGCACACAGUCUAUCUAUGUGACGGACAAGGGCAGCUGGCGUUUGGCUGGCUUUGAGUAUGUAUGGAAGGCCAAAGAGAUGAACAAACAGCUGUUGGAGCUUGCGCAUGGCUUUCGCCAGCCGCUAGCUAUUGAUCCAGCCAAUAUCGAACAUGGCUUGGAGCAGUUUGCCUUUGCGACACUUUGCGAACAGAUACUGGCGAAGAGUAGCGCUGGUCAAGCGGAAAAAGCGGCCACAGCUGGCACACCACAUGUGCAGGAAUUUCGCGACUACUGCAGCACUCAUCUAAAGCAUCAGACAACAGAGCUGCGUCCCAAAUUGUCGGCUGUGCUGUUGCAUCCGUAUUUUAAUCACGAAUUCGUGCUCAUUCAUUCCUUCCUGUUCGAGCUGCCACUGAAAUCGGUGCAGGAACGCCAGCAAUUCUUCAGCACACUCAUCGAGCGUCUGCGCUGCUUUGAUGAGCAAGUGGUUGCUUCACAGCUGGCUAGCGAUCUGCUCUCCCGCAUGGUCCUGCUCGAUCCCACCGCUCAACACAGCGUAACGCCAUAUGUGUUGCGCACCAAGACGGAUAAUGCCGGCGCCGCAGCGCUUUUCUCGCCUCAAACGUAUGUGGAGUAUUUAUUACCACACGUGCUGAAGAUGUUUCGACUGCGUGAUGCCCAAAUCCGUCUUAUUCUACUUGACUAUUUUAUGGAGUAUGUGCGUUUGUUGAGCGACGAGCAGCUGCUCACCGAAAUACUGCCGCAUCUGCAGCUGGGCAUGAACGAUACCAACGAUGUGCUGGUGGCCAAGACACUGCGUUCGCUUGCCGAUCUUGUGCCCAUUUUGGGUGCAGCUACUGUGCUUGGCGGUGAUCGCAGACGCUGCUUCUCUGAUGGACGACCACAUGCUGCCGUUUCUAGCGAGAGUGCGGCACAGUGGACGGAGCCCCGAUCCAUAACGCCUCUCAUGAAUGGCAGCGCUGUGGAUGCUGUGGAUUAUAUGGUCUCGGGCAGUCCGCUGCCCUCCGUGGAAAGUAAUGCGGCACCAAUGUCACUUCGCUUGAGUCCUGACGGCGGCGAGGAUGACAAGAGUCUCACAAAUCUUAACGAGAAACCACUAGAUAGUAACUCCGACUCUGCGGACAGCACGACGAGCAGUGCGGCCCAUGAACAGACGCUGGUCAAUGAUGAGGAGGAGGCGUGGUCCGAUUGGGAGAACACCGAUGAGCUGCAGCGUUUGCAUGUCAAACAGCAGGAGGAGGCUUUGGACGAGCUGAAUCUAAGCAAUGUGGAAACACAGAGCAGCACCUCAACACAGGCCACACAACCAUCGAUAGCCGAUUCCUUCCGCACUGCCUGCUCCAACCUUUCUACAGCCACAACGACGACCAAAACCGCUCCCGUCAUUGUGAGCAACCCGCCACAGUCGCAACGCAAGCUCAUUGAUGAUCUCAGUGCGCUGGACAUUCAAGUGCAAUUGACAACACCGAGCAACACCACCGAACCAGCUGAAUUUGAUUUCUUUAAGGACAUGGAACCGGUCAUCGAGACAAAGUCAACGCUGCCUGCCAACGACUCUGAUGUUGUGCAAAUCGAUGUGAGUCGUUUUGCGGCAUCGGCAUCGCUGGCCAACGGUCAUGACACAGAUGCCGAGGCGGAUCAGGGCUGGGGACAUGAUGAGGAUGAUGAAGAUGAUGUCGUCUGGGGCAAUGACGCGGAGCCCGCCGUCACCGUCUCUUAGUAAUUAUAGCGAACUAAUCUAAUCAGCUCGAUAUACAAAUAGUACAUACACACAUGUUAGUGUCACUCUUCGUCGCCAUUUCUUGUUCCAUGUUCCAUGUACCAUGUACCAACCACCAUUAGCGGCACAAUGCAUUUCUCCCGGUCACGAUCUGGGCUUUAAAUUUAAACAAGUACACAACUCUGUACAUAAAUAUGCUCGUGUCGGUAUGCAAUAAAUUCCAAUACGCCAGCGCCGCGUAUAAUUGUAUUAUAUGUAAUCAAUAAAUAUUGUGAUUAUCAUUAUCGGAGAGAGGUAAGAUGAGAAAUAUUUGCAAGCAAAGAUUUCUGGGCAUAAAGAGAAGAUAAUGAAUGAGCUUAAGCAGGAAAUAAAGUAUAGCAUCUAAAUAAGAAAUUGUUAAUGAAUUUGUUGUCCGAUUAUUUCAAGAUUAUCAUAUUGAAAACAAAUGUUUCAAAUUGUAGUUAUCAAAAGUCUUCUCAUACUUGGUUUUAGCAUUUUAGACUGCAAUUAAAGUAUUUUAAAAAGUGGUCUAGGUCUACAAAAUUUGCAAAUUUUUUCAUCUCAAGAUAAGCAAACUAACUAAAAUGUUUGCAAACAAUAAUAUACUGAAUUAUGAAUAUUGUGUUUGGAAAGCUCUUGGUAUAGAAUAUAAGAUAUUUAGUCCCAAUUAAGAUAAACAAGUUCUGUGACCAUAAUCAUUAAUCACUUUAUCGGUGCUGGAAAUACUUUCGUCUGCAAUGUGGUCAGUAAAUUUUCAACAUUCGGUACAGAUGUUGUUGAAGCUGCAUUCAACUAAAUUGUAAUUAAACAUUUAGCAUGUUUACUACAUUUAUUAGGUAUUCCAAUCAUUAGUCGUUGGAGUCUUGAGAUUGGUAUCACUUUCAAUGGGUCUUUUUAACGCGCAGUUGUUGGCUAUCUUUUUGGCCGACUGUUAUUAAAAAUCUGAUAGUGAAAAUACUGAUAGGGAGCAGUUCCGGAGAGUCGUGGCUAUACUAUGCAUACCCGGAAAACUUUGUCAACGUAAAUGCGUCUUUAAUUUUUUUAGAAGUAAGUCUCCGAUAUCAACUCCCACCUUAUCACUAACUUGAAUAGGCAUUCUGCAAGGAAAGAUAAAGAGUCGAUAUGUUAGAAUACUUUUCUGAUUUCCGAUGGAAAUAAAAAUCCAGUGGACACCGCAAUCGGGCGAUCUAAUAAUUGUAUGUAUGUAUAUUUUGAUGCAUUUUUUUGUUUUUCUGUUUUUUUUUUAAUAAUUUUUAAAAUGUUUUUCAUGUUUUGUUUUUGCAUGCAUUUGUGUUUUCGUUUAAAACUAUUCUUGUAAAAUUGUUAAAUUAUCUUUUCGUUUUUCGUUUUAGCAAAAAUGCUAUAUUUACGCAAAAACAUUCUAAAAUGCAUUUGUUUAUAUCAUUUGACUAUAUGACUUAUUAACACUUUCAAACGUUUAAACGAUUAAAUUGAGGGCUCACAAACAGGCUAAGAUGUUUAGGAAAUUAAAAAAUUGAAUUGUAAUUGCAAUAGUUGUAACAAAAAAACAUGUCAACGAAAAACGAAAGACAAAAUACGAAAUGCGCAAAUAAAAAAGUAAAUAUCAAAUAAAAACACUAAACAAGUUUCAACUAUUUACUCACGAUUUGUUUUUAUUUUGCUUACAUUUAAAAAAAAGGUUCUUUUACGCAUUAAUUUGUUGUUUUGUUUGCUGUUUGCAGCAUCAUUAUCAUGCUCAACUUAAUCAAUGAUCUUAGUAAUCGUAAUUACAUUAUUAAAUUUAAAUAAGAUCAGCUGAAGUUUAUCUUUUUUGUUUUGUUUUUUUGUUUAUAUAUUCUCUCGACUUUUCGUCAGUACGUUCCUAUGCAAACGCAUUGAAAAAAUCGGUGCGCUAAAUGUUUACAAUUAAAAGUAUUUACUGCACACACUGCUGCGCUCUUUUUACAUGAUGCAAGUGCGAGGGAUGCGGGGUGUUUCUGAUUCUAGGGGCUAAACUCGAGCUGAGUGAAUGACGAGACAGACGGGUGAUAUAGAUAAAUCGAUGAUUCUAAGAGACGCUAAGCGAUUUAUGGAGGCUUCUGGACGUGUGGAAGGGGCGAAGAGAGGUGUGUUGUGGGCGGGUCGCGGGGGCGAUUGCCAGAAAUUUCAAAUUUGUCGCACACAUUUUACAUAA